UGGUGUUGAGGACUGUGAGGCUCGUGCGGGGCAAAUUUACUGUUCAGUGACAAAAACUUUUGUGGAGAACAAUUAUGGUGAAGUUUAACAUUCUAUUAUAGUACUAUUUCGUAAGUAACACGCACUGAUUAUAUUGAUUAUGGUUGUAAUGUUGAUUUUAAAGCCUUAAAAUGACCUUGUCGCACCACUGAAUGCAUGGAGCUUUAGGAAGGGCAGCAUUCAUUUUUGACGUUUAAUUAAAGUCAUUCUUGUUGGUCACUUAUAUGCAUCACGUGUUGGUGUCUAUCAAGUGAGUGAAGGACAAUGUUAGGAAACAUGAUGCUGAGAGCUGUCACACACACAGUGAGAUUGUCUCUAGUGGUUCACCGUUGCUGUCAGUGUCCAGUCCUGCACACAUGCAGAUGGCUGCACUCGAACCCUGAGCUCUGGGCAGGACACAACAAAUGGUCCAAGGUAAAGGAUAUUAAAAUACCUAAAGAUGCUGCUCGAGCCCGGGUGAUGGCCAAAUACUCCCUGAUGAUCAGGAUCGCAGUCAGAGAGGGGGGAUCUAAUCCAGAAUUUAAUAUCAAUUUGGCACAGAUUUUGGAACAGUGUCGGAACAAGAAUCUACCAAAAGCCAGCAUAGAAGGAGCAAUAAAAGGCGCUAAGUCAAAGCCAGGAUUGCAGCAUCUUUAUGAGGCCACAGGCCCAGGCGGCUGCACGUUACUUAUAGAGGUUUUGACAGACAAUAACACACGAUCCCAUCAAGAAAUAAAACGCAUCAUGACAAAACAUGGUGGGGCGCUGUGUGAAGGAGCACGCCGUAACUUUGACAGGAAAGGUGUUGUGGCAGCAUCCAGAGAUGAAAUCACCUCUGAGAAGGCUCUAGAACUGGCCAUUGAGGCAGGAGCUGAAGAUGUACAGGAGACUGAGGAUGAGGAGGAGAGACCUGUACUACAGGCUCAGCUGGAGACGGCAUCUUCUCUGCUGGAGACUCUCCAUGACUGUCCUGAUGUGGUCCGAGUGUGGGAUAACAUUCAGGCACAGAGUUAGCACUCACAAUAAGUGAGGUGAUUGACACUCGGUACAGAAAAAUGCGAAGACAUACAGACUGAUGAUAGAGAUGGAAAUAUACUUGCUCAGAUUGAUUGUUUGAUGGUGAAUGGAUGAUGUCUUAAUGCAUUCUGACAAUAUACUUUUAUCGUUUUGUGAAUAAAGAAGUUUUACUCAUGCAUGUGGAUGUCAGGCAGGAUUGUGAACAUUUAAUAAAAUGAAGUAUUAAAUCGA